AUGAGCGUCGAUAUUGAUUACACCAAGCUCGAUCAAAGCCUGGCAGACAAUCUGCUCAGCAUUCUCAAUGAGCGUCUCGAAGAGAUGCAGAAACCAUCGAUCCUCGGCCACAUCGAGUUUACGAAUCUGAGUUGGGGAGAUAUGGCGCCUGAUAUUGAACUGGAGGAAAUUGGAGAGCUUUCUGAGGAGUUCAACGAGAGCGAUGAGGAGGACGUGAAUGGUGAGGAUGAGGCGCACGAGGCGGCAGAUCUCAAACACCCGGCACAAAUUAGAGACAGCAACAACAACCACAACGCCAGUGAAUCACAACCCAAAAGAGCCUCCUCAACAAUCCCAAAUAUGCAGAUACAGUUGCGCAUUACGCACGAAUCAGAUAUGCGUUUAACGCUGCUCACGAAUCUUCUCGUAAACUUCCCAAGUCCAGGCUUUAUGAGUUUGCCCGUCAAACUCGCAGUGCGGGGGAUUGUGCUCCACUCGAAAGCCAUCAUCGGCAUCGACAGCCAGAGACGCCAGGUGCAUUUCUCACUGGUAGAGCCAUACGACGAGAACAGCGAGGAUGACGACGAUGUACAGAAUCACAUUCUCCAGAGUCUAGUCGUCGAGAGUGAGAUUGGGGAUGUGGACAGACACACACUCAAGAAUGUGCGCAAGGUCGAGAAUUUCGUACUCGAAUACCUGCGUAAUCUUCUCAAUAACGAGAUUGUAUGGCCCAAUUACCACACGUUCAUUCUCGAUGAUUAG